AUGACGGGGCCUGGGGAGAACUCUCCCCUGAGCAUGGAGGUCUGUUUUACCCAAAAAGGAAAAGAUGACUUAGAAGACAGGAGCACGCUUAUGGGGACAAAACCGCCUACAGAGUUAGGGCUGGGACUAGGACUUGAAAAAGGAAAUCGUCUGUGGGAGGAGAGCCCUGCGGUGAGGAAUCAUUAUCAUGAGAACUUGGCGUCAUCAGAAACAAAACCUCCACUGGGCCCUGGGCCUGAAAUGGGAUUAUUAGAAAGACAGAUUGCCUUGUCUGCUGAGAAGUACAAUUUAGGAGGUGACGGGGCAUCAGAUUUCAGGGGGGCACAGCCUCUGGGUGUGUUGCCAGAAAGAAGAGUGGGGUUAGAAUACAAGUACCUUGAAGGCUGUCCUGGGGGAUGGGUGACACCGCCCCCUCUGACCAUGCCCUGUAGGCUUCCCCAGGCUGAACGGUGUAAGAAGGAACCUAAGGCCAGUGGCCCGGAAGAAACAAAGGCUUCAGUGGGAAAGCAACCCGUUUCAAGUUUAGAACCCGGAGAGCAACAGGAAAAAAAGUCCACUUGUGUUGUGGUGAAACCCAGAAUAGACCUGGACUCUGUGGAUGUAGACAUUGGGCUGCCGCCAGGGGAGGACGCAGAUGAAACUAAGGCUCCAGAGCCCCAAGUGGGCUUGGUGAUUGAACCUCCUUGGAAUCAGUUUGUCCCACAACCCGAAGAGAAAAAGGAGGCUGCAAACACUGAACAGGGAGUGGAACCUCCAGAUUGCAUCAGACCCAUAUACUCUGGGAAAUAUUUUGACCGGACACCUUGCUUGCCAAGUGCAGGAAAAAUUAAACCGGUUGGAUAUAGAGUUGCAACUUGUCUGACUGAAAAACUGCCUAGGCUGAUCACGCCACCUGAGGCCAAAAAAUACUUCAACUUUAGAUAUCCACCUCCUGGAGAAGAAAGAAUAUUUUAUGGCAGAGCAAAUGAUCCCCAAAUUGCACCAUAUUUGACCCAUGGAAUAAGAUCUAAAAUUACAGUACCGGCUCACGCAUUGAUAAACCCACAGCCUAUCACCAGAUUUCAACAGUUAGUUAAAGAUAAAAAAGAAUCUGUGUAUCUUAGCAAUCAACAAGCACCAUUAGGAAGAUCCCAAGAUCAAACACCAGGAUUACCAAAAGGACUGGAUAUAAUCAAAACAACAUUUGGGACACCAGUCAUCAGAGAAUUCUCUGCUAGAGAAGUAGUGAACCCACCCAAAUCCCAUGAAGAAGUACUUAAAGAAGGAAAUGAGGGACAUGAUUUGUAUGUUGUUUCUCACAAUGAUUAUUAUGCUGGAGAACCAAAGAACCGGAAGUAUAACCCAUCAAGUUUCCAAACAUCCAACGUAUUUGGAGUCCGAACACCACACUAUAAUAAUGGAAAAGGCAUGGCAAAAUCUUUAUAUUGGCUCCAUGAACUACAAAUGAAAAAUGGAAGUAAAAUUGUAUCCAAGAGAGUUGAUGAUUUCAAAGAAAAGUUUCAACAUAAAGUUGGAAGAGUUUUAGAUCCCAUUGCAGAGACAAUGAAUAUCCCCCCAGGCCAUGCCUUUGGAGGUUGUCUCCAUCCUGAGAUGUAUGGAGUUGGUGAUCUUAUUCAUAAUAGACCUUUGGAAGAAUGUCUUCGAGGGAAAGAUAGACAGCGAGCCAUGAUUGCAGCCGUCCGACACCACCUGAAGAAAUUUAAUUUCCAAAACUUUGACAGUUUGCUGGAGGCCUUUCAUCAUUAUGACAAGAAUGGAGACGGGAUGAUAGAUAAAGUAGAGCUGCUUGGAGCUUGUAGCCAGGCCAAUUUACGUUUGGAUACGAAGCUCCUGGACCAACUAUUUGACUACUGUGAUGUGGAUAAUGAUGGCAUGAUUAACUAUCUAGAAUUUGCAAAUUUUCUGAACUGGAAAGACAAAUUUACUCUUAAGGAGUAUGAAAAAAGAGUCAUUAUUAAAGGUAGAAAACCAGACUGCACCUACCCUGCUGAGGCUAACUUAGAAGAAACCGAACCCACCCUGCUGAUCAAGCCUGAAGAUAUGGUCCCAAAAGAACCAGGGAGCUCAGAGCAGACUCUGCGGACACUUUUGAGACCGACCGAUAAAGUUGCUCACUGUUAUACGACAACGUCUUCUGAGAUCAAUGCAGUUGUUGGAGCUGUUCCAUCUAUUUGUUACCCCAUCUUUGGUGUUCCAACUGUCCGAUCUGAUAUUCCUGCCCCACGAAUCCGUCGCAUCAGUGACAGAACAAAUUAUGGCAAAGACGGCAAUGCUUACUCAUUACUGCAUCCUACCAUCUUCGCCCAGAAAGGAGUGUAUGAAAGAGACUUCUUCCAGGCUAGAUCAAAAGAAGAGAUUAAAGAGAUCCUAUGUAACAUUGGUGUUCAGCUUUCUGAAGAGGAAUUUGAGACCGUAUGGAACCUGGCGUCCAAGAAACACCACAGAGGAGAAGUGUGUGUGGAGACGAUCAGGAAUGCGCUGGAUGAGUUACUGCAGAAAGACCUGACCAAGUGCAAAACAGCCGGAUGUCCAGUGUUGGCAUUGGUAAAUUCAACAAUUCCCACAGGUUUACCUUUCAAGGGAAUUAAAGAAUAUCAGUUAGGGCAUGUCUAUUACUUGUUUUAUGCUCUAAGCACAGCUUAUUACUAG